AUGGAUCUUAACCGUGAACAUUUGCGUACUAUGAUCUUCUAUGAUUUUAAAUGUGGUUUAACUGAACAAUUGAGUUUGGAACGUUUGCAGUCAGCAUUAGAGGACUCUGCUCCUUCUCGUGCAACAGUUUUUAGGUGGUUUAAGGAAUUUAAAAGAGUCAAAACUAACCUUGAAGAUGACCUAAGAGGCGGACGCCCGGAAACAGCAGUAACUGCAGAAAAUGUGUGGGCAUCUGAAAUGUUGGUGCGAGAAGACCCACGAAUCACGUACACGAACAUUGAGAAGAUCCUAGGCAUUAGUUCGGGAAGCGUCAAUACUAUCCUGCAUCAGCAUCUUGGAGUGAGGAAGCUUUGUUGUCGAUGGAUCCCACGAUUGCUCUCCGGUGCUGAAAAACAGGCUCGAGUGGAUUGGUGCCGAGAAAUGCUUAUACGUUUCGAAAAAGGGACAUCGAGACGUGUUUCAGAAAUCGUUACUGGUGAUGAAACAUGGAUCUAUCAAUAUGAUCCAGAAAGCAAGAAGCAGUCGUCGGUGUGGGUCUUCGCAGAGGGACAAUUACCGACAAAGUUGCAAAGAGCUCGAAACGUCGGCAAAAAAAUGGUAGCUAGUUUUUUUUCUCGGAGCGGACAUUUGUCGACGUCAAUGUUAGAAAAUAGUAGGUCUGUUAAUUCAGAAUGGUACACAACAGUAGCACUGCCAAAAGUUUUCCAAGCUGUGCGGGAGAGGAGACCAAAGACCGGGCUUCGGGGAAUCAUGCUACAUCACGAUAACGACGCCUCUUCACAUACGUCCCUCAGAACAAAGGCGUUUAUUGAGGAAUCUGGUAUAGAAACCUUAAAUUACCCGCCGUACAGCCCUGACUAG